AUGUCUCCAGUUCAGAUCGAUUGGUCUAAGGUAGACCACCCCGAGCACCUCCUGCAGCGGUUCCCCAGUCGUCGAUCUAUCGUCUACGGUACGAAGGGGGUCGUAUCUUCGUCGCAACCUCUGGCCACGGAGGCUGGCUUGGAGAUCUUAAGGAAGGGAGGUAACGCGGCCGAUGCCGCUGUCGCUACCUCCGCGGCGCUGAAUGUUACGGAACCGAGCUGCUGUGGUAUUGGCGGAGAUGCGUUCUGCCUUUUCUUCGAUGCGAAGACGAAGGAAGUGAAGGCGUUGAAUGGGUCGGGUCACUCUCCCCAGAAGCUGACCCUGGACUACGUCAGGAGCCGCGGCAUCGACGGCAGCAACAUUCCUGCUACGGAUUUGAACUCUGUCACGGUACCCGGUGCCGCUGCAGCUUGGGUGGACACGGUCGAAAAGUUCGGGAGCGGCAGACUUUCAGUCGCGGAGGUUUUGGCCCCGGCCAUUCGCUUGGCCGAAGAGGGUGUUCCCGUUUCGGAAAUCCACGGCUUCUCCUGGAAACGCUCGGAGCAGCUCAUCAAGAAUGCCUCGCCCAAUGCCGACGAGAUGCUUCUCAACGGCAGGGCUCCGAAACCAGGCGAAAUCAUGACCUUCCCCACUCUGGCUCAGACGUUCCGCGAGGUAGCUGAGAAGGGGAAGGAUGGUUUCUACAAAGGCCGCGUUGCGCAGGCGAUCGUCCAUCUCAUACAGAGCAAGGGUGGCGUGAUGGAGCUCGAAGACCUCGCGAAGCACGAGACGACGUUCGUGGAACCGAUCAAGUAUACCUACGGUGGGGACGUGACGGUCUACGAGUGUCCACCCAACGGCCAAGGUAUCACCGCACUACUCGCGCUUGGUAUUCUCGAAAGCAUGCAAGAGCAAGGAAUUAUCGGCAAUAUACUGGAGAUGGAGCACAACUCGCCUGAAUACUUGCACACCCUUGUCGAAACCUUGAGGUUGGCAUUUGCCGAUAGCCAGCACUUCGUGAGCGACCCUGAGGUCGAACACGUCCCGGUCGAGGCACUCCUCAACAAGGAAUAUCUGGCGACCCGCGCAAAGCUGUUUGACCCGAAGAAGACGAACCCGCAAGUGGUCCACGGCAAACCCGUGCACUCGUCGGACACGGUCUACUUCUCUGUGACCGAUCAGUGGGGUAACGCGUGCAGUUAUAUUCAGAGCAACUAUGCCGGGUUUGGAACCGGAGCGAUCCCCAAGGGCUGCGGAUUCACGCUGCAGAACCGCGGAUCCAACUUUACCCUCGUCGAGGGGCACGUCAACAUGCUCAAGGGAGGCAAGCGGCCGUACCACACCAUCAUCCCCGCGCUGGCCAAGCGCGGCGACGACCUCUGGCUCUCGUACGGCGUCAUGGGCGGGUUCAUGCAGCCGCAGGGCCACGUGCAGGUGCUGCUGAACAUGCUGCGCGGGUACGGGCCGCAGGCGGCGCUCGACGCGCCCCGGUUCUGCAUCUCGGCGGGCAGCCCGGACUCGGAGGCGAAGCAGACCGGGAUGGCGGGGGACAUCAAUAGCGAGGUUUACUUUGAGGAGGGCAUCUCGGACGAGACGGUGAACAAGCUCAGAGAGAUGGGCCACGACGCGAGGCAGCUCAGCGGCUAUGCGAGGGGCAUGUUCGGGCGUGGCCAGGUGAUCGAGAAGAUCGUCGAUCCGUCCGGGCGGACGGUUUGGGCCGCUGGAUCGGACUUGCGCGCGGACGGCCACGCGGCGGCGCAGAUCUGA